AUGUAUGGCUCAUACCUCAAUAAGGAGCAUGUCAAGAUGACCCAACAGAUCUAUUCGACCGCCGAAAAAGGUACGACUACACACGCCUGCCUCUAGAGCUUCUCAAGCCAAUCCUCCCGCCUUCUCUCCCGGGCCUGACUAAAAAUUCUCGUUCACACAUGUACAGACCUUCGCCCCUGCGGUCCCGCAGUGCUUCACCUCUUCAACUCCAUCAAGCCUCUCUACAUUGGUCAACCGCCUCAAGAUCCUCGAGAUCAUCAUCUCGAGCUUGAGCAUAUCACCUCUUCCCUCAUCCGUCUAGCAGACGAAAGGAUCCUUUCCUACCACUACAAGGAUGUCCCGACCUGUUGGAGACAACUUUACACGGACGCGAGUCUACUCGAAGCCAUUCUGACCGUUGUGUCUUAUAUGAACGACUUGACACCGGAGGAGCAAAAGGCUCGAUUCCUCAAGACGAUUCGUCAGUUGGAUUUGGUCAUCAUUGUCGCUGGGGCUCCGGGGCAAGGGAGGUAUGAACUCGUACUCGAUCUCAUCAAACGUAUUCAAAAAAGGUAUACCGAAGUCACGGAUGUCAUCCAACCCAGGCAAUCCCCUGCGAAGAGGAGAAAAUUUUCCGAGGAGGACCGAGAAGAACAAGCCAAAGCUCGACCAAAGAUCCCUUCACCUAUGGUCGACCACCCAAUCAUACGCCUCCAAAAUUUCCCUUCCUUCGAAGCCUAUCUCAAUCUUUACCACAAGGAACCUUUCAUCGUCUUGGGAGGAAGCCUCGAUUGGCCUGCAAACGAACUCUGGUGCGAUCAGGAGUAUCUACAAGAGAAAGCUGGCGUCGGUCGGUGUGUCCCUGUCGAGGUCGGCAAGGAGUAUACGGAUCGGGAGUGGCGGCAAGAGAUCUUACCUUUUGAACAAGUCUUGAAGUCAGUGUUUGAGGUGUCCAAGCAUCGAUCAAUGACCCGAGUCAUACACAGUGAGGGCCAAGUAACGUGGAGGGACAAGCCAAAACCCGUCCAUUACCUCGCCCAACAUGACCUCUUUCGACAAAUUCCCGAUUUGAGAAACGAUAUCCUCAUCCCCGAUCUUGUGUAUAGCGCACCGCCUGAACGCUCGAAGGAAUUUCCGGAGUAUGUGGCGCCAAAAAAUGAGGAUGGGUAUGUGCUGAACGCGUGGCUUGGACCGAAGGGGACGCUCAGUCCGGCGCAUACGGAUCCUUAUUAUAAUUGCUAUGGUGAGUUGACCGGGUACAGCAGCAUUCUCGCUGUUUUGCAACUGAUCAGAGGAAAGCAUCUACAGCUCAAGUCGUAGGAUCGAAAUGGAUCUGGGUCGCACCUCCUUCCUGUUCCCCAGCCAUGUCAGCCUUCGGCCUCUCCUCCUCAACCGAAGAUCCCGCCUCUUCUCCCAACAAUGAAACCGAAGAUGACGACCAAUCCCCUCACCACUCCCACCUCCUAACUAACACGUCCCGAGUUGACGUUUCCUCCCCCGACACAUACGACGCAGCCUUCAAAGAACAAGUCGUACCGUUUGCCCGACAAGCCGUGUUGCAAAAAGGCGAUGUGUUGGUCUUGCCUCCGGGGUGGUGGCAUUCGUUGAAAGGGUUGGAAGCGAGCUUUAGUGUGAGUAUUUGGUUUUGA